AGGAAGCUGCGUUUGUUAUGUAGCCGCACAGGGUCGCGAGCUGAUGUAAGUGGGGACAUUUCUCAGUUUGUAGCAGUUUUACAGAUCAGGCGAGAGAGGUCGUGGUUUAAGAAGGACCCAGCGGGGACCCUGUGCUCGGACUUAAACUCAGCUUUAUCAUCAAUAAAUGUAGUUUUGGAACUUUGUAGGAAAAUGCGGAUCAUCUCAGCUACAAGCUCCUUUGUUGCCAUGUACCCAAAAACUAUCGCUGCAGUCACAAUAACAGGAGUGGGACUUUUUGGUGUGAAGAAAUGGAUGGCAGGUGGCGUGUGUCGCAGCAAAGCCCGAUUAGACGGGAAGACCGUGUUGAUCACUGGAGCCAACACUGGCAUUGGGAAAGAAACGGCUGUUGACCUGGCUAGAAGAGGAGCAAGGGUGAUUCUGGCCUGCAGAGACAUGGACAGAGCAAAUAAAGCUGCAGAAGAUGUGAGAAAGAGGAGCGGAAAUGACAACGUGAUUGUGAAAAAGUUGGACUUGGCAUCGCUACAGUCAGUACGCCAGCUGGCCCAAGACGUGCUUGCGAGUGAAGAACGACUAGAUGUUCUCAUCAAUAAUGCAGGCAUCAUGAGCUGUCCACAAUGGAAGACCGAGGAUGGCUUCGAAAUGCAGUUCGGCGUGAACCACUUGGGCCACUUCCUUCUAACAAACUGUCUGUUGGAUCUCCUGAAGAAGUCAGCGCCGAGCCGCAUCGUCAAUGUGUCCAGUUUAGCCCACGAAAGAGGUCAAAUCUAUUUCGAUGACAUAAAUCAGGAGAAACAGUACAACCCUUGGAAAAGCUAUUCUCAAAGUAAACUGGCUAACGUCCUCUUUACGAGGGAGCUGGCAAACAGGCUACAAGGUACCAGGGUGACAACUUACAGCCUUCACCCUGGAGUGAUUCGGACUGAGCUUGGCCGACAUUUCUGGCCCAAAAUUGCCCUGUGGAAGAGAGUCAUAUACACACCACUUAGUUUCCUCAUCAGGUCUUCAGCAGAAGGGGCUCAGACCACCAUCUACUGCGCUGUGGAGGAGAAACUGGAGAAUGAGACUGGACUCUACUACAGCGACUGUGCCCCGAAAACAGCAGCCCCUCAGGGUCUGGAUGAUGAAGCUGCUAAGAAGCUGUGGGACCUGAGUGCGUCUAUGGUUGGUCUGACAUAAUCACAGUGACAUGGAUGAGGGUGAUGACGAUUGUGCAUCAUCAACAUACCGACGGCCUGCCAAGUGGCCUGAGGAAACACUGGUGCUCUUUCUAAUGAGCUUCUGUGCGGCUGCUAGCAGCUGAGCUCCGGAUUGAUGUGACAAACACGUAAACAAGCAAAACACAAACCGUGUUAGUGAUAGACAUUUAUUUAGAAUAUACAACAAACUACUUGCAAAAAUACUAUGGGUUAAAUUAAGUUUUGUUCUAAACAGAAGCAGUGCUUCACAGGUAAGGUACAUGGAAGCUGUGUGAUCUUUAGUUUUGAUUGCCAUUAGCACGACAUGACAUUUUAAUUGACAAGUUUCACCAAUGUCUGUGUUGACUAAGGGCUCAAACGUCAUUCAGCGUUGCUUGAAUUGAUCAUGUAAGAAUUCCAUGUGCUUCGAGUGUUUGUAACACUGUCAGUUGUGGCAUUUUCAGUUAUUUACCUCCUGGGCCAUAAAGUGCUGUUAUAGCCCAUUGCUUUACCUGUUUCUUAAGGCAUACUUUUCAUUCGUGUCAUGUGUAUUUUGUUCCAUGUGUGACCAACAGUAUUGUAAUAACGUUGGUCGCACUGACAUGAAUUAAAAUGGUCUUAAUACAA